CACACAGCAAGAGACACAAGAAUCUUCAGGGACAGAAAAAACGUCAGACGCUCAGAGUUGCCAGAGAAAGAAGGAAACCUGAAGCCGUUUCAAACCUGCAGAGUGAGAGUACAGCAGGAGGGUGUGGACCGGAGAGAGACACAGAAGAAGAAACAGAUCGAGUGAGAAAGAGAACAGAAGAGAAGGAGGCAGAUUGGAGGACUGCUUUUCUCUGAGUGGGAUUAUCCAAGGUUUUUCUGCCGGUUGUGUUUGUGCCUGAAAGCAGGUGCAAUGCCUGCCACGUCACAACAGCAGGUGGGCAGCAGGGGGCAAUGUGCCCCUCUCCUGCUCCCUCUGCUCUCUCUCCUCCUGCUGUUCCUCGAUCCCAAGCCUGGGCAAGCCACCAUCAACAUCCCAUCCAAAUUAAAAAGCCCUCCAGUGAUUACUACCCAACCAGACUCUGUCACCACCUUUUCAACGGAUGACAUCACACUCACCUGUGAGGCAACUGGGAAUCCUCCACCCACGUUCCGAUGGGUUAAAGAUGGAUUGGAGUUUGACCCGUCUCAGGACCCUGACCUUUCAGUGUCCACAGAUUCUGGAACUUUUUCAUUGACAGUCAAGGAAGGACCGAUCCACCAGUACCAGGGCCGAUAUAGCUGCUAUGCAUCUAACGAGCUUGGCACGGCUGUGUCUAAUGAGGCUCGCAUUAUCACAGAGAACAAUCCCACUCAACAGAAGGAGAAGAAGGUGUCAAAAAAAGUGGAUGAAGGAGACAGUGUGGUGCUUCACUGUAACCCUCCUAAUAGCACUGUGGUGCCAGUCAUGCACUGGAUGGACAAGAAACUGAAGCACAUUCAGCAGAAUGAGCGUGUAAUUCAGGGUCGGGAUGGAAACCUGUACUUCUCUCAUGUGACUGUGGCAGACAGCCGUGACGACUACACCUGCAACACUCAGUUCCUCAGUGCCCGCAUCAUCAUGCUCAAAGAUCCCAUCAAGUUGACGGUUGUCCCCUCUAAUUCGGUGGUGCGUAACAGAAGGCCACAAAUGAUGAGACCCACUGGCUCUCAGAGCUCCUACCUGGUGCUUAGUGGCCAAAACCUGGACCUGGAGUGCAUUGUUCAGGGCUUGCCUUCUCCCAAAAUCCAGUGGAUCAAGAUAGAUGCAGUCAUGUCUGAGUCCCGCACUUCCAGAGACAGUUUUGACAGAGUGCUGCGCUUCAAGAAUAUCUCUGUGUCUGACAGUGGCAAGUAUCAAUGUUCUGCCACCAAUCUGCAGGGGAUGACCACUCACACCUACAGCAUCACUGUAGAAGCUUCCCCAUAUUGGACUAAAGAACCAAAGAGCCAGCUGUAUGCCCCUGGAGAUACAGUUAAACUGGAAUGUAAGGCUGAUGGCAUUCCCAGCCCCGCUGUGACCUGGACCAUCAAUGGCAAUUCUCUUACUGAUAUUGACCCAGACCCCAGACGCAGUGUGAAACAUGGCAUACUUACUCUGAAGAAUGUGGAAAUCAGUGACACCGCAGUGUAUCAGUGCAAAGCCACCAAUAAGCAUGGAGCAGUCCUCGUCAAUGCAUAUGUCUAUGUUAUAGAACUACCUCCUCAGAUCCUGACAGAGGAUGGCCUCAUGUACUCAGUAGCAGAAGGACAGAUGAUCGAGCUAGCUUGUGAGACCUUUGGCUCUCCUCUGCCCAAUGUCACAUGGGAAGGUGAGUCCUGGGGUGCUCUUGUAGCCAACCCUAGGAUGAGUCAAUUAUCUGAUGGUUCUCUACAGAUCAGUAAUGCCUCUCUCAAUGACAGUGGCCAGUAUACUUGCACUGUCAACAAUAGCAAAAUCACCAUCACUGCUGAGCUGGAUGUACUCAACAAAACAGUCAUUGUGAAACCUCCAUUGGCUCUGCGAAUCCAGCUGGGCAAACCAGCCACCCUUACCUGUGAGUACCAGGUGGACUCCAGGCAGGACAGCCCUCAAGUCCAGUGGAGGAAGAACAGAAAAAAGCUCUCAGAGUCCUCUUAUUCAGACAAGUACAUGCUAGAUGAAUCCACCCUCAUAAUACCUGAUGUCAAGGAAGGGGAUGAAGGAAUGUAUACAUGUGAGGUCAUUACACCGCUGGAUAUGGCUGAAGCAAGUGGCUCCAUCACUAUAGUUGACCGACCAGACCCUCCAACCCAAGUCCUGAUGAACGAACUUAAAGAACGUAGUGUCACUCUCAGCUGGACACCUGGAGAUGAUCACAACAGCCCUGUGCUUGAGUAUUUGAUUGAGUCUGAAGAGACAGGAUCUGAAACAAAUGAAUGGAAAGAACUAAGUCGUGUGUUGGGCAGCAAUCGGCAAGCUACCGUUUCCCUGAAGCCCUUCAUUUCUUAUCGUUUUCGAGUCAUCGGCAUCAAUGACAUCGGCAAGAGUGACCCAAGCAUGCACACGGAGCCAUAUUCCACACCAGCAGCUCCACCAGACAGCAACCCUGAAGGAGUGCGCAGUGAUUCCUUCGACCCAGACACCCUUGUCAUCACAUGGAAGGAGAUGGCCAGGCAUAGUUUUAACGGCCCUAAUUUUCGCUAUAAAGUGAUGUGGAGAAAGGUUUUGGGCAGUGGUCCAUCCUGGCACACCAACUACACAAUCUCUUCACCCUUCAUCGUCACAGAUGUGGGCAACUUCACUGCCUUUGACAUUAAAGUGCAAGCUGUCAAUGAGAUUGGAGAUGGUCCAGAUCCCAAAUCCACCAUUGGAUACUCUGGAGAGGACUACCCUCUUGAUGCUCCUCUGGAUGUUGGAGUGGCUCUGAUCAACAGCACUGCCAUUAAAGUGACAUGGGCGUCCGUGAAUAGAGAGUCAGUGAGGGGUCGUCUACAGGGUUACAAGAUUCAUCUGAUGCACUAUGGCCCUGAAAGCAGACACCUCAGACGGGAGCGUGUCAGGGAGGGGAAGCCAACCAAUGUAUCGGUUGUGAUGACUGGCAGUUCGGAAGAGAGGAAAGUUCUGGGAGACCUGCAGCCUUACUCCCAUUACGCACUGGCUGUCAGUGUUUUCAACAAUAAAGGAGAUGGACCACAGUCUGAACCCCUCACUUUCCACACACCGGAGGGAGUGCCUGGUCCUCCUUCAUCUCUGAUGCUGGAUAGCCCUUCAGAGACAGAAAUGACACUGCACUGGACUCCACCCACCCAGCCAAAUGGAGUCCUGAUUGGAUACACGUUACACUAUCAACAAGUUGAUAAUGAAAACAGUCCAAUGCAGGUGGAAAUGAUUAAUGGCCACAGUGCAUCUCACUUCACUUUAAAAAAGCUUGACCCUCACAGUCAUUACCGCUUCUACCUGUGGGGUCGUACUGCUGCUGGAAAAGGCCUGCCAAUCAUCAGAGAGGGAGCCACCACACUGGAUGGAGAUCCUCCCUCCAACAUUAGCUUAUCAAUUGGAGAGACAUCAGUCAACCUGACUUGGGUACCCAAAGAGAGACAAAGAAGCAUGGGUUUCUUUAUUCAUUAUCUGAGAAAAGAUGGAAGGGGCAAAUGGAAGCGUUCUGAAAGUGUGAACACGUCUCAGUCAUUCUAUAUACUACAGGGGCUCCAGCCAGGAUCAUAUUAUCAGCUGCUCUUUGACUUCUGCAACAAAACUUUCUGGGAAACUAAGAUCCAGACAGCAGGAGCAAGAGUCAUGGAGGCACAGGCUACUUUUGUCACAGAGGGCUGGUUCAUUGGACUCAUCAGCGCCCUUGUGCUGUUGCUGCUGUUACUGCUCAUUCUCUGUUUUGUAAAACGGAACAAAGGAGGAAAAUACUCAGUUAAAGACAAAGAAGAAGGCCAGAUAGAUUCUGAAGCACGACCAAUGAAUAACGAAGCUUUUGGAGAGUACAGAUCGCUGGAAAGUGACAAUGAGGAAAAACAGAUGGCAAGUCAGCCGUCUCUGUGUGAAGACAAUAAGCUGUGUACCUACGAUGCACUGGACGACUACCCCAACAGCAACAGCGUGCAGACAGAGGUGAUCAUGAACGAGUCACUGGCCAGUCAGAGCAGUGGAGUCCGUGAUGCUCCUGACCCUGAGACUGAAGAAAGCUCCCCAUUAAAUCCUGCCACAACCAUCUCCCACCAUGGCCUGCCCAACUCUGCUGCCCUCCUUGAUUAGAGCCGGGCACACCUGAGACCAAACGUGGAUUCACACAUGUGCCCACUUGUUGCAACCCUUCAUGAGCAGGGUUGGGAGGGUUACUUUUGAAAUGUAUUCCACUACAGAUUACAGAAUACAUGCUGUAAAAUGUAAUUUGUAAUGUAUUUCGUUAGAUUACUCAAGGACAGUAGCAUAUUCAAAUACUUUGGAUUACUUCUUCAGCACUGGUAGAUUUUUUCACUUGUUUUGACUAUAAAAACUAAAUAACUCUGCCAGAACAGUAAGACAAAAUACACAUGUUAAAAAUACAUUCUCUGAAAAACCUAAAUAUCUUAUGCAGUGUUGUUUCUAAAACAAGAUAAAUCUAAUCAAUCUUUUUUUUAAGAUAUUUUUACAGGAAAACAAUACAAAAAUUAUUAUCAAUAAUAUCCCUAAUAUCAAAGGUCUUGCUAGAAAAAAGAAAUUAUGAUCCAAUGUGAAUUUUCUUGAUAAAAAAAUAUAAUCGUGUCUGGUAACAUGUGCAUGUAAAAUUGCUAGAAAUAGCAUUUUAGCUUAGCAUAAACUGACAAUUUACACAAGUUUAUUUCUAUUUCUUCUGCUCCAAACAAACUUCAAACGUACUUCUCUGUCUGCUCGUAUGAAUGUAAAACAUCAUAAGAAAGUGUUUCACCACUGUUCAAAUGCACUUUGGAUCACAUCAUUUAUAUGUAUGUUUUCCAUCUGAAAGGACUAAAUAUUAAUUGAAACAAAUGACAAUAAAAUGCAAAGUAAUCUCUUCAGUAAUCAAAAUACUUUUUGAAUGUAACUGUACUCUAAAUACCAGUGAUUUAAAUUAUAACUGUAGUGGAAUACAGUUACUAAUAUUUUGUAUUUUAAAUACGUAAUCUUGUUACAUGUAUUUCGUUACUCCCCAAUCCUGUUCAUAACUGACCAAACAAUCUACAGGCCAUAAUAUUGAGACCUACAAACCAAACAGAUGCCAAGAAAACAUAGCAGAAGCACUGCUGGGGCUUACUUCAGACAUAAUUGGACCCCAAUACUUUUUACUCAUAAACAUAUUUGGACUGCCAUGCUUGUUGUUUACAGAUAUAAUCUCUCAUUUUACUAUAUAAAGUAUAGUCGUUUACAGUUAUACACACAUGACAAGACAAGAAAAUCCCAUGUAACUUUCAGAAAAGUCUUCUUCGAUAAUCCAUUGCUAAUUAAAGAAGAUACCGAGCUCUUAUGGCAGAUGCCGAAUCAAAUAUGGAGUUAGAUUCACCUGUAUGACAAUAACAAGUGUUAUGGAAGGAGAACUGGUAGAGCGAGAGACUGAGGGCCUUAAAAUCAUGACAAAAUGCAUUGUGCAAGCAUAUCAACAACCCAAGCUGUAUAUUGAUUGCAAAUAUUAAUCAAGUAAUUGGGUUUUGUGCUUUUCUACCUUUUUUGUUUAAAGAAAGUAUCAUUAUUGUUUAAAGACUUGUCUGUGCCAUGUUUUAUUCACUUUUCAUUUAUUUUUUUACUGAAGCAUAUGUUUCGUGUUGUGUUUUAUGUCAUCUUUGCACAAUUUAUUGUAAUAUUUUUAUGAUUCAGUUUAAGAUACUUAUCCAGAUGCCCAUGACCUAAAAUUACAGACUUCCAUACUGUAAAUAUAUGAGAUGCAAUGAUUCUACGACAUAAGAUCGUUUAUAGCAAGCUGUACAUAUAUAACUUCUAUCAAUUUAGCCAAAUACAGUAUUAUAAUCUCUCUUCUCUCAUCUCCAUUGGUUCCUGUGCCUGCCUACAAAAACAUACUCCAUCAGAAAUGUUACCACCAUCUUGAAGGGAUAAUUAACAUGAAAAUAAAAACAUUCUUUCAUAAUUUACUCACCCUAAUGUUUUUCCAAACCUGUUAGAUUAGUCUUUCUUCCAUACAAGGCGAUGUUAGGCAGAAUGUUAGGGACUGACAGCCUCAGUCACUAUUUACUUUUUUUGUAUUGAUAAACAAUGCAAUGAAAGUGAAUGAUGACUUAGGCUAGCAUUCUGUCUUGUGUGUUCCAGACAGAAAAACAUACGGGUUUGGAACAUUAUAAGGGUGAGUAAAAGAUGACAGAAUAUUCAUUUUUGGGUGAACUAUGCCUUUUUAAGCAUUUUCCAUCGUGACAUUUUUGUCUGUGUUUAUUUAUUUCAAUUUUUUCAGUGUAUUCAUCUGUACUGACAGAUGCUCACUUGCAGUCCUGUUGGUGUAAAGCCAUAAGAAUACACAUGUAAGGUGUGUAUUAAUUUGUGAGGUAGUCUUGAGUUAGAUAGGGUUGUAAAAGAGUACAUCUCACACUCAGAGAUAUAUACAGUUUAAUUAAUGUUCUAGCUCGUGUCUUGUUACACAGAGAAUGUGUGCUUUGUUUGGAUAGGAAAUAUGAUUCCAUACCAGUAUACCAAAUAGCAUUUUGUUUUAUAUAUAUAUUUUUUUUUUUGGUGUCUUUGAUUACUAGUUUGAUAAACAACCAUAGCAGAAAUUAGCACUGAAAUAAGCUAUGGCACAUCUGGUAUUUCUCAAGAGGCACAGGGUGUAAAAUCUCUUAAAGGGAUUAAUUCACCCAAAACUCAGUUCAACCUCAUGCCAUCCCAGAUGUGGGAUUUCUUCUGCUGAUCACAAAUGAAGAUUUGAACACAAAUUAAGAUCUGAAUAUUUCAGCUCUGGAGGUCUUUUCAAUGCAAUUAAAUGGUGGCCAGACCAUUAAAGCUCCAAAAAUCACAUAAAAGCAAUCCAUACCACUCCCAGUUGUUUAAUAUGUCUUCUGAAGUGAUGCAAUCACUUUAGGUGAGAAACAGAUCAUUUUAAUCCUUUUGUAUUAUAAAUCUCUAUCUAUAUAUAUCUAUAAAUGUGAAAGUGGAGAUUUAUAGUAAAAAAAAGACUUAAAUAUUGACCUGUUUCUCACCCACACAUAUAUCACUUCUGAAUAUAUAGAUUUAACAACUGAAGUCUUAUGGAUUACUUUUAUGCUGUCUUUGUGUGAUUUUUGGAGCUUGAAAGGUCUGGUGACCAUUCACUUUCAUUGUAUGGACCUACAGAGCUGAGAUAUUCUUCUAAAAAAAAAUCUUCAUUUGUGUUCUGCACAUGAAAGUCGUAUACAUCUGGGAUGGUAUGAGGGUGAGUAAAUGAUAACAGAAUGUAUAUUUUGUGGGUAAACUAACCCUUUUAUUCCCAUAUGAAUGUAAAUAUAACCCAAAAGAUUGUUUGUUUUGACCUUUGAAACUGUAUUGUUAUGUUUUGUAACCGUUUACUUGUUUCAGUUUUGUACAUUUUUUAAACUUUAGAGUAACUUGUUAGUUGUGAUAGGAGCGUGGUAGAUAAGUAGUGCAUAGUUUCCAAAAACAAAGAAAAAAAAGUCCUUUGAUAUCUAAAUGUUGCAAGUUCUGAUUAAAAAAUACAAUUGUAAAAACAGAUUGGAUUUAAAAAAAAUAAAAAAGCACCAUAACUGCUUUCAUCUAAUUGAAGUUACUGACAAAAGAUUUUGCUGAUAGUUUCCCAAGUGCUGAAUAAUGGCAGUAUUGUGUGCAUCUGAUUCAAAUCUAUCAUGGCAGUGGCAGGGCAAAAGAAAGGAUGCACUCCCAGGGAGCAAUAUGUGCUGACUCAGAUCUUUGAGACCACUGUCUUUGCAGUUAUUCCCAGUCCUUUGGGACAGCUGUGGGGGCAAGACUGCUCUGAUUUUAUUCUAAUCUGUGUUAGCUUCCUUCACAAAAGCUGUACAGACAAACUCAGGCAAAAGACCCAUAGGGAUCUAUUUUCUUACAGGAGGCAGUAGUGAUGCAAAUAAUGUUCAACUGAAUAUUCAAUUGAACUGCUGCUAGACUUGUGUAUUUUGUCAGAGUCUUGACUGUGUAUUGAGCUUGAAGAUGAAUUGACUCUCAGAUGUCCACUUUACUGCCCUCAACUUGUGCAAGAGAAAUUGGGCCACCACUUAAAGUCAACAUGAAAUAAUAAAACAAAUACACGUGCUUCAACUUAUUGUGAAGGAUUCAUUGGUGCAUGUUGUUUUAAAGAAAAAAACUGUUAGAAAAAACAGAUCUUUCAUCAAAAUUUAAUAAUUUGCUUGGUCUCUGAAGCAACUUUCCUUUUUGGCUGAUAUCACCAAGGCCUCUUAUUUUUUUAACCCCUCCCCUCCAGCCACCUUUUCAUGAUCCAGUCAAAUCUGAUGAAUAAAAAGUUCUGCCGUACAUUUUUAUCCCCCAUUGAAUGUCCCAUUUCACUUGAAAAUGUAACAUUAUGGAAGAAAAAUAGGUUGCAAAUGGCAUUCCAUGUUGACUUUAAAUCUGGAUUAUGAACAAAAAUUGCGAUUUCUGUUGUUAUUUGUCAAAUGUAUGCAUUCAAGCUCAUAAUCCAUUAAAAUGCAUCUUAAACUGGCUUAUUCUACUGUAGGCUUAAAGCAUAAAUUCAUAGCUUUACCGAACAGUCUUUUACUCUUCCUGUAUGUUCUGUUAGUUAUACUGCAUAUGAUGUGACAAUAAAUGAAGGACCAAGUCAAGUCAUUGUUAUUAUAGCACUUUUCACAACACAUUGUUUCAAAGCAGAUUUACAGGAAAACAUGCAUUGACAAAAAAAAUGAAACUGCAAUAUCUAAAAAGUCUUUGAUCAUUGUGUAGAUUGAUUAAAUAUGAUUGUAAAUUGUUUAUAGAAAUUACAUAAUAAUUGUAUUUAUAACCCCAGUGAGCAAGCUGAAGGUGAUGUGGCAAGAAACACAAAACUCCAUAAGAUGUUGGUUAAAUGGAGAAAAAUAACUGUAACGGGGGUUAAUGGAAAGGAGGCGGCAAGAACCGGCUUUUCAAUAUAAAUAAUGGUUUAAUAUAAAACUUAAACAGAAGACAAACACACA